GAGAAGAUGAGCUGGAAACACGGUAUUCAGGUCCUAUGGCUUGUGCUUCCCCUCUCACUGACUGAGAGAUUCACAGUCAGUGGCCCGGCCCUCCCUGUCUCAGCCAUUGCUGGUUCGGAUGUUGUCGUGGACUGUAAGUGUUCCACAGACCUGCCACGAGAGGGUGUGGAGGUGAGAUGGUUCAGGACAAGUUUCGACUCCUCUGUGCACUUAUACAAGGAGGGACGUGAUCAUCUGGAGAAUCAGGAUAAAAACUACAGACACAGAACACAACUGUUUGUAGAGGAGUUUAUCAAUGGCAAUGUGUCUCUCAGAUUGGAAGAUGUGCGGGGGACAGAUAACGGAGAGUACACAUGCUUCAUUGACUACGCUGGAUGGUAUGAAGAGGCAGUGAUACAAUUGCAGGUUCUGGGCCUUGGCAGUCGGCCUUGGAUUCAAGUUGAUGGGCAGCACAGUGAUGGUGUGAGGCUGCUGUGUGAAUCCAGUGGAUGGUUCCCAGCACCAGAGGUUCUAUGGUUUGAUGAUGAGGGAAACAACUUAACAACACACAGUAACUGGACAGUCAGAGAGGAUUCUAAAGAUCUCUUCAAUGAUAACAGUCUAAUAGAAAUAAUCCAUUCAACCAACAAGAUCAGGUGUCUCAUUCACAAUUCUGAAAAUAAGCAAGAAGUAAAACUUCAAAUCUCAGAUGAGUUCUUUCCCAAAGUGCCAUUGGGUUUGGUGGUUUCCUCACUGGAUAGGGAAGGACAACAUUAA